CUCCCCUUAAUCACUGUGAGGUGUUCGGAUUGUUCAAUCGCAUUGCGGUUUAUUUUUAGAAAUAGAAAAACCCAGCUGUAGCCAAAAAUAGACAAAUAUUUUUAAAGAAGAAACGAUGAUAAAUCCAUUGAAAUCACAGACAUGCAUCAUCUUGCAAACUCUUUCCUAGAUGAGGUUAUUGAUUGGAUUGAUUAUUUAAGUCUUGCAAAUUUCCUGCAAAUUUUUGUCCACGGUAGAUCUACUACUAGAGGACAUUCAAGAUCAAGAUGAGUUCCUUAACCUUAAGAGGUCCAAAACGCCACACCGUAAAAACAUUGAGAGUUUACCCAAGGGUACAUUACUUUCAAAGGAGAUAUCAUGAUCUUAUACCAAGAUUCAAAAGACUGACAGGUGCAUUUCCAAAGAGUUUUCUUGUUGACAAGUUGAUGAUUGAAAUAGAUGAUAUUGAUGACAAAUUUAUAAAUGCAUUGUCCAUAUGUGUUAUUGGACAAAAUGACAUUGACCUUGCUAACAUCCUUGUCUCAACAAAACCAUUAGCAGAAGAGAAAUUCUCAGAACUGAAAGAGCCAUCAAGAAUAUCAUUGUACAUAUGUUACACAAAAACAGAGCGACUGAAUCAGAGUGGAUUAGAGAGCAUCCGCGAAGCAAUAGAGACGUUCGAUAAUGACAUCGUAAAAGGAAACAAACAUGUGUUUGAGGACAUGUUCGUUGUUAUAGACGUGGAACACAAUCACACCGUUAAAGAGCAAGAUUCUUUCCGUGUCGAAGUUUAUAAAAUGAUACACACCAAACUUCAAGGCACAGAUAUACAAAUACCCGAAGGCAGAGUGAUCUUUGGCUUGCAUGAUAGUACAGUUCUUGGCAGUAAAAUAUCAGAACACUUAGAAACCAUGUUAAUUGCCGGUUUUCACAAAGUUAUGGUGUAUCUUGAACGUUUUGUAAAGAAGACAAAACAGUUUCAGCAUAAAGAUGAGGAAGUUCUUCGUACUGAUCUUGUUGUGAAAUCUAUUCAGGCUUUAUUACGAGAUGACAUAGGCCUGGCUGAUAUGAGGAAAAUAGCUGAAAGAGACGAAUCGAAGGAAACCGAAGGAUUAAGCAUGGAUGAUAAAUUUCUUCAUCAGUUACUCAAGAAAAUAGCCAGACUAGUUAAGUGCGCGAUUGUCGAGCCACUUUCAGUGAGGUACAAUAUACCAUCAUGGAUUGUUAAUCUACUUCUUGAGGAAAUAGAGUUUGAACAUAAGGCAAUCGAAUCUGUUUCAAGAAAUACGAAGCAUCAUUUGAGAAAAUUGAAUGAAUUCAGUAAAGAUUACGAAGAAAUAUUGGAGACGCAUAAAAGGAAAGCAAACAUGGGAAAGGGAAAGUUUGGUGCAAGCCGCCACGAGUAUUUUAUACGAUACGUUUCAUUCAAAUUUGACUUCAUUGUCUACCCUUUACAGAAUGACAUGUCUAAACUCAUAAAUGAUGUUGAAAAGACCAUGGAUUCUGCUCAACAAAUUAUCAUUGUUAUGGGCAAGAUGAUGUUCGAAAUCGAGGGUUAUUUAGAACAAACAAUAACUGAAAAAUAUGAACCAACACCAUUGAUACCGGAUAUUCCAAUGGAACUUAAACAGGCCAUUUUAAAGUUGAGAGAUGUGUAUGGGAUAGGUAGAGUGUACGAUUACAUUGAAAUACAUGUAAAUAGAGACACAGGGACAUUUACAGAAGACAUUCCAAUGUUAAUGCAAAAAUACGGAUUCUCACAACCAUACCAAAUCAAGACGGUCGAAAAUAAACCUGUGAAACUGAUGGCAAAUAUUCAACAUGAAAACGGAAAACUGAUCAAGAGUCCAUUCCCAGAGGACAGAUUUAGCUAUAGAGAAGGGACACUUGGUUGCUUUGCAGAAAACGACUCUAAAAAGUUGUACGUUCUCACAUGUGCUCAUGUUGUACAGAAUCCAAACAAAGAGGAACAUGAUGUUUUUAUUCCCGAUAGAGGCAUGAAACUGAAAAUAAUUGGAAAAAGUACAAAACGUUUGACUGUCUGCUCGGGAGAUGAAGAAAUGUCUGUCAUCGACAUAGCUGCCGUUACCGUGAACGAAGACUUUGUAAAACAUUGCAUCAGAAAAAUGAAAGACGAUAACGGGUUUAAUAGGUCUGCUCAAAUUGCACAAGACUCUGUGGCACAGUUAAGAAAGAAAUUUGUGUACAAGUUUGGUGCAAAGUCUGGACUGUCACAUGGUAUAUUUUGCUCAAGUGACUUCACUUUGUCUAGCACGGACGUAGAAGAUUAUCUCCUGCUAAUAGAACCGUUACCUGGUGAUGUAAAUGGUAUAUUUGCUGAGCCAGGUGAUAGUGGAGCUAUCAUAUGUAUGCCUUCCAUUGAUGGUGACUCUAUCAAAGUGGUUUCUAUGCUUAAUGCUGGGGACUAUAAACUUAAGGGUGGACCUGCCGAGGAAAAGAAAUGCUUGUCUUUUUUAUUAAGAAAUGGACUCGAAAAGCUAAAGGACAAGUCGAGUAUCCCUUUGGUCAUUCCUUAAUUUUCACAGUAUGUUUUACAUUUUUGCCUUGUUUUCCAUCUACUAGUAACUGGCAACUUAAUGUUAGUCCAAAUUUAUACGUAUCAAACGUUGCAAAUUUAAUAUUUUCUGAUUUUCAGUUUAUUUUUAUUUUCAGUUAUUUACACUUACGCUCAAAAGAAUCUGUUUAUAUAAAUAAAUAUAAACUUAAACUAUUUAAACUAUUUCUUUGUUUUAAUAAGUUUUGAAAGAAUUUGGUUUCGUUUUGACUUGGUGACUUUUUAAGCAGAAGCUAAACAGCUUGAUUACAAAGGGCCGUUGGUUCUGUUUGGGUGCAGGGCCGUGCCUGAAAUAAUUAACGAAGUGAUUGUAGCUGAUGUCUCCCCGAAACAGUAAGGCUAGUUUUCUGUCAAUGUCAGCAUGAUUUAGAAUCAAGCAAGCACAGAAACGUUAUAACAACAUUUCAGUCUGUGUUAUGUAAGAUGUAAAUUAAGAUAAUAUUAGUACAAUAUUUUGUUACAUAUUCUAAUCUCAAACAUAUUCAAUGAUUAGCAAAAUACACAGUAAACAGGCUUAAAAUAAUCAACACAUUAAAAAAGAUAAGACUACUAAAGUUGAUAGGACUAUCUUUAUUCUUUGAAACGUUUGUAAACCUGCAUUUUUAUAUUCUUUGAAAAAUAUCUUCAUUAAUGAAACUUACUUAGGACAAAUUUAGUUUUGAUUCAUUAAAUAUUACAUAAAUAAAAAAUUUCAGAUUCUUAAAAUCUUUGUGCUCAACUUUUAUGUCUAGUAGGAAAAAUCAAUUAAAUUUCAAACCAAGUUGAAUACUUUUUUUGGAUACGAUAUGUUAAAGGCUUGAUUUUUUCAGUGGCUUGAUUUUUGUCUGGCACAAAUUUGUUACCCUAUAUAACACGUGUUAGGCUUUGUAACUGAUUUUAUAUUGAUUGAUAAGAAGCACAAACAAACAAUUCCUUUCUAAAAUUACCACAAUUUUAAUCGUGCACAAGUAUUGCAGAUGCUUUGAUUGAUAUGGAUGAAAAAUGUAUUUACCCGACCAAAACUUCUGUAAAUGUUCACAUAUAUUGAAUAUUUCACAUUAUGAAACCGGAACAUGUUGGCUAUAGAGUAACUAUUGAAGGCUUCACCUAGCUUCUGUCAUUAGGGCUACUUUACCUGCUAAACAUUUACGCGGGAACAGGAUAUUCUCGUCUGUGAGGAAUUACAUUUAAUUUUGUCCUUUUACUAAUAAUAGCUUUGAAUGUACAACUUCGUUUAUAUCGGCAAAUGUCAUAGCAUUCAUAUAGGCAGUGAAACGACAUCUUUUUUUAAAUCACGUGACUCAUCUGAUGAAAGACAUUUUUCAGCACCGCGAAAACGUGAGCAAACCCAGUAUUUAGAAAUGUUACCUGGAAGAGCAAGCACAUUCUUUUUUCAUUUUCUAGUACUCUGUAAUAUAUAUAUACGAUAUAUAUGUUUCCUACAUAUCCUGAUGGAAAUAACCUCAAUUUUAUUUCAUUGUCAAAAUAAUGUUACAAUAGAACGUUUUACAGUAGUCGUAUUAUUUCAACAGUUAUGCAGAGAGAUAUUUAAAACAGUCAUUAAUUUGAUAAUUAGUAUAACAAUAAGUAUAAAAUAUGUUUUAAACGGUUUGAUUGGUUUAAGAAGUCUUUCGUUAGAAUAUAGCGAUUCUAUUUUACUUUAAUAUUCAGAUGUGCAUAUGAAAAUGCUUUAAAUGUAGACCUAUUAUCAUUAAAGAUUUAAUAUUUCUGCUACUUGUUGAAAACACGUGUUUGUUUCAAAAAUCAUUUCAUCUUCCCUUUGUUAUAUUAUUACUCGAAUUCUGAAGAAUACACUGUAUUUAACAUUGAUCUUCAAACAAAACUGUAUUGUAAGUUUAUUUGAUAAUUUGCUUAACCUCAAACACUUUGAACCAGUAAAAAGAAUCAGGGCAGCAUUUCACGUCAGUGCAGUCUGACCAGGCUCUAUGCUGUUUACCGGCUUACUAAAAUUUUCAUUUAAAUGACAUUGGGCUGUCCCUAAAUGAAAGCAGGAUAAGUCCUUUUAAGAAAUUAAACAGGUAAAGGGCAUUUUCCUUCCCAUUAGCACGGAUCUGUUGUUAGUCAUUUAUAUAUUAAUUUUUAAGUGAUUGAAAAGCGUUCUUUCUUACAUUACUUUUAUUAUACAUGGAGCAGGCAACAUUAUUUAGAAGUACUGGACUGAAUCAAGGGUCACAAGUACAAUCCGUUAUUAAUCCGAUAAGAAUUAUUUACAAGUCUUUCGGAUGAGACUUUAAAAACCAAGGUUCCUUGUAAUUGCACUGUACACUUUCACUUUAGAGAACAAGUUUUUCUUGAAUUUGAUGAACUCCUGUAUCCGUUGUAUUACUUACUUUCAUAAAGUAAAUUCACUUGCGGUCUUAUGUUGUAGUCGCCCAUGUGGGUUUCCGGUGGCGACCAUAAAUUUAGGUUAAUCAUACCUACGAUUAUCUUCUCACGGGCUCCAAGGCGUGCAUGCCGCUGAGAAGGCACAUGGCAUUAUCGGAAGUAAUUCAAUGACUUCGGUAAAAUAACAUUAACAAAACAGCUAAAGAGAAAUUAAAAUGCCGGUUUAUGAAACAAAAUUGCUAUAGCAGCUAUAGAAAUACCAACAUUUAUAUAGAAAACAAAAGACAUAUUUAGAUCGAAAUUUGACGUUGUGAAUAGAUCAAGAUGACAUAUACAUAUAAAGCACAUAUCGGAGCACUAUUUCUGUAUCCUGCUUUAUUAUCUUUGAGGUACAGCCGUCAAUGUCGUGACUAACGUUGGAGAAGCAAGUGCAACAUUUCAUCAUUAUCUUCUGAUGCAUUAUUUCUUUAAAACUAUCAUCGGCUUUCCAACUCUUGAUAAACAUCUUACAGUUUCUUGGAAUUGAAAACACUUUAUAGAUAAAAUAUAAUCUACUGUGAAAUGCAAAAUGUGUAUUCUUCAACGCGGUCUUUUCUCGUCCAAAUUUGAUACCACAUUUACCCAGUCUAGCUUUUUGAAGUAUUCUUAUCAUUAUAUAGUUUCUUAAAUUCGUAGAUUCCAUUGCAUUUUUAUCGGAUCAGUGCAACUUUCAAAUUUAAUUCAGUGUUGGAUUCUCUGCAUGAUUUGUUAUUAUUUUAAGCAUAGCUGAAUUUUUUUACCCGGAUCAGUUUUAGGAAUAUGUUGAAAAAUGUCAUACUCGGAGAUGAAUAAAUCCUUGAAUUAAAUGUAAUGUUGAUAAUGUUUAUAUUGUUUUAUGUAAUCAGAAGCCCCUGGACGUGAAUAUAAAUAUCUGAAAAUGAUAAAUAAACUUUAGAAACGUCUGAUACGGCUAAAUAUGCUACUAUUCACCAUAAACAAGUUGCGUUCAAAACAUGUAAAGUUUGUUGUUAUGUAUAUUGUAUAGUAGAUGUUUUUGUUUUGUUUUGUUUUUGGUACAAAAACGACGUACAUUGUAUAUAUUUGUACAUUGUAUAUAUUUAGUGUUUUUUUUAACAUUUAGUUUUCUUUUACUUACAAAUAUUCUGUAUAUGCUAUUAUCUAAAUUGUUAUAUGUAAUUUCAAGUGGGUGCCAACUGACAUAGAUCGCUCCGCCCACAGAUUCACGUGACACUGUCAUUCAGAAUUUUGGGCUAUUUUGGUAUAAAAUAUUCUUUAAUGGCAGUAACGUUUUUUGAUAAUUGAAUACGUAAUGGAAUUUGAAACAAUUAAAGGCCCAUUAAGCCUCAAAAAUGGUAUUUUUUUCGUUUUCCAAAAGCUUCCCCCUUACAGUUUUAAAAUGUAACCUCUUUGGUCAUAUAGCAGUGCCAUCUUUUCCUUACUUAGCUUUUUGGCAAAUUAUUUAUGUUACAUCAUGCAAAGUUGACAACUAUGUUAUAUAAAAUAUAUUUUGUUAUGCACCAAUAAGUAACCAAAGUGCAAUUUUCUUUAAAAAAUGGGACAUAACUUGAAGAACAAUUACAAGCAACUAUAGAAUAAAAUCUCUCGCGGCAGAUACACAAGAAGUAGGGUGGUGACCAACAAUACUUGAAUUUCUCUGCAGGGUUUGCGAACAAACCACAGCUUUAAUGGAUAUAAAUUUGGUAAUAUAAUGUUUGCUGGAAAAUGGGCCACAUUAAAUUACAAAAAUAGAAGUGACGGCGACAAAAACAAGAUUCAUUUCAAAAUUAUGGGCGCCACCAUUACCUAUCGUCGGAUACCCACGGCCAGACCAUUAACAUUUAUGAUUGUAUGUUAUGUUCGGGUUAAUCAACCGUGGAUAUCUGACGUUGUCAUUACCGUUACUAACCAUUACCAAAACUAUUGACCACGUGAUAAAACUGUUAAGGACAAUAUUUCAAUUUAUAAAAAAAAGAUCAAAUUCAAUUUGACCUUGACUUAUAAAUGACCUUGGCCAUGAAGGUCAGAUUAUUGUAAUUUAACAGUUGUUGCUAUAAUUGGUACACUGGGGGACAAGACAUUAGAAAAGAUUUACUUGACCUUGAUCGUAAUUUGACAUUGACACUUAAGGUUAAAUUAGUGGAUAUUGCUACAGUUGGCCAUAUCUUUGUUAUUUAUUUUGGGAUUUGAUUUAUAUAUAAGCAAAAGAACACUUAAUUAUAACAAAAUUGACGCAUUUAGUUAUUCAAAUAUGACAUUGACAUUUAAGUUUUAAAAUAAGCUUACAUUGUCAUAACUGUCACUACCUGGACAAAAGAAACCUUAUGACAAAAACGACAUGUUGAAUAAUUGAAAGGUGACAUUGACAUUUAUUUGAUCUUGGCCGUCAAGAUAUUGAAAUUUGCUUAAAAUGUUAUAACUUUGUAAUAAAUUACUUAUUUGAAUUAUACUUGGACAAAGGAACACAUAUUACAAAACCGAUAUGUUGAAUUAUUCUGAUAUGACCUUGACCUGAAAUUGAUCGUGACCGACAAGGUCAAAUAUUGAAAUUUGCUUAAAUUGUCAUAACUUUGUAAUUUCUUUACAAAUUAGAUUUAUAUUUAGAGAGAAGAACAUAUAAGACAAACCCGACAUUUUGGCUUAUUCUGACUGCAUUCAAUGUCAAAUUAUUUAAGUUUGUAUAGAUUCUCAUUACUUUAUUAUUUAUUUAUAGAUUUGAUUGAUACAUGGACAAAAGUAAAAAUAAGACCAAACCGACAUUUUGAAAUAUUUUUAUAUGACCUUGACCUUUAAAUGAUCUUUACCAUCAAUGUCAAAUUGUUGAAAUUAUCUCAAAUUUUUAUAACUUGGCUAUGAAUUUGAGUCAUUCUUGGACAAAAGAACACAUAUGACAAAGCUGACAUGAUGAUUAAUUCAAAUGUGACUUUGACCUUUGAUGGAACUUGACUAUAUAGGUCUAAUAUGAAAUUUGAAUCAUAAUUUGUUAAAGAGUAUCAUGUUUUCUCAGAGAUAAUUUACUACAAUAUUCUUCACUUUAGAUGUAAGAAAACGUCGAGCGCGGCCCCCGCUUGUUGAUGCAAAAUGUAGUUAAAUGACUAUAUAAAGGCACCGUGAUAAAGGCCUAUUUAUAUACAGAAUUACUUUUUCAAUCAAAAUUGUUAAAGGUUAUUAAUAUGCAAUUGCUGUGUUUUAUUUUUGCAGCUUUUUUUUUUGACAUUAUUGGUUGUGACUCAUUUUUGUUUGUAUUCUUUAAAAAGAGAUAUAUUGGUUUCUUUGGUGUUGUUAAUUUGCCAUUAUUGAUAUUAAAUGAAUAUUUCUUGUAAAAAAAGACUUUAAUAUAAGAUGUUAUAUAGAAAUUUUCUUUGAAAAAGAUGAUCCUUCAGGUUUCAGUUUUGGUUUUAUAUCAAAACCAUAAUUGUGGAAAAUUCGUUGUAUCGUGUACCGGAAAUUAUUGAAAGAAAUUGAAAUAGAUAAUAAUUCAUCUGAAAAUACCGGAUUAAUAAUAAAGUAUCUGAGAAACGCUUACAAGACGCUCUUGGUUUUGCCAUAUACAUGUACUGUGAGGCAAAAGAAAGUGGACACUCGAGUCCACGGAAAUUCUGUAUACUUAUAAACAUAAAAAAUAUUGGCAUAUUUGGAAAAUCGUUUUGACAAUGCGAUGGUCAUUGAAAUUUAUUAUUAUGAAAGUUUGAUUUAUGUAAAAGCG